UGUAAUUUUAUGUCUUAGGAUUUUAGAUGCAUUUUGCUUUGAUCACUUGUUUUACUUUUAGUAAAAUUCAUGGCAAUUUGUACAUUGUUGGAUAAUAUAAUAACUACAUUCUCGUAAACUUGUGAAGGUGAAGUUUGGAAACUCCAGCAGGAAGGAGGCAAGGAAGUUACGCAAAGGAAACAAACCAGUUUGGUUCUAAAACGUGGUGUUCUUAAUAAAUCGGAGGGCCGGCAAUAGUUAAACAAUUAAUGACCCGGCAUUAGCAGCGUAUUCUUAUAACUUCUAUUAAUUAAAUAAACCCAUAGUUUUACGAAAUGGCUGCACCAAUCAAAGUUGUAGUAACAGGCGCAGCGGGCCAAAUUGCAUAUUCUCUUCUAUAUCAGGUUGCUUCUGGUGCUGUAUUUGGUCCAGAGCAACCUGUAUAUCUCCACCUUCUUGAUAUUGCUCCGAUGAUGGGAGUCUUAGAAGGUGUUGUUAUGGAACUUGCUGACUGUGCUCUUCCUCUUCUUGCUGGUGUGUUACCUACUGCCAAUCCGGAAGAAGCUUUUAAAGAUGUUGCUGCUGCUUUCCUUGUUGGUGCCAUGCCAAGAAGAGAAGGCAUGGAGAGAAAGGAUCUUCUUUCUGCCAAUGUACGCAUUUUCAAAGAGCAGGGGCAGGCAUUAGAUAAAGUUGCACGUAAGGAUGUGAAAGUCCUGGUUGUAGGUAACCCUGCUAACACAAAUGCUUUCAUCUGUGCUAAAUAUGCCCCAUCUAUUCCUAAAGAGAACUUCUCAGCCAUGACACGUCUCGAUCAAAACCGUGCUCAAUCUCAACUUGCUACGAAAUUAGGUGUGCCCGUCCAGAAUGUUAAGAAUGUAAUUAUCUGGGGAAACCACUCCUCCACCCAAUUUCCCGAUGCAUCAAACUCUGUAGUUAAGAUUGGUGGUGGGGAAAAGCCAGUUCCGGCUGCAAUAAAUGAUGAUAACUAUUUGAAGACAACUUUUGUUUCAACUGUACAGAAGCGUGGUGCUGCUGUUAUAGCUGCAAGGAAAAUGUCAUCUGCAUUGUCCGCUGCAAAAGCAGCAUCUGAUCACAUGCGGGAUUGGUUCCUAGGAUCUGGUGAUCGAUGGGUGAGCAUGGGUGUUAUCUCAGACGGAUCUUAUGGUACACCCAGAGAUAUUGUGUACUCAUUCCCUGUUACUACUAGUAACGGAAAGUGGAAGAUUGUCGAGGGGCUCACAAUUUCAGACUUUGCUCGUGAGAAACUAGACUUAACAGGCAAGGAGUUAGUUGAAGAGAAACAAGAUGCUUUGGACGUCUGCAAGGAUUGAUUACAUUCUAAGAGUAAUUUUAUAAAAGAAGCAUUACUGUAUAUUUCUAUGAUUAAUGCACGUCACAAUGAUAUUAUUAUUGGCAAUAAUUUUGUUUUUCUAUCUGAA